AUGUUCCUGUUAAUCCUCUUAAUAACACCGGUGCUGGCAGACAUUGCUACAUAUGGUUAUCACCCGAAAGGUGCAAAUCCCACAUUGUAUUCCCCUGAAGACAGCGUUUUACAACUCGAUGAAGCAACUUUCAAUGAUACCAUUUUUGGUGCUCAGUCCGGCGCUGCAGGAUAUCUCGUAGAGUUCUACUCCGACUGGUGUGGUCACUGCCGAGCGUUUGCUCCAACCUACAAAAACCUUGCGAAAGAUGUUGAUGGCUGGCAGAAUAUUGUAAAAAUUGCUGCAAUCAACUGUGCUGAUCCAGUGAAUGAGCCAGUGUGUCGAUCAAACGGAGUUCGAUUUUUCCCAUUAAUCAAGUAUUUCCCUCGUGAUUCUUUGAACUCCACGGAAGGAUCUCAAAUUAAACCAUACUCAACGGUUUCUGAAAUGAGAGGGCAACUUACAAAGGCAGUAAUGGAUGAUUAUGCACUCAACCGAUACCCGGAAUGGCCGACAUUUGAUUUCUUGAAGGAUGUCGUCACAUAUGGAGAACUUUGGAACGAGUCAUCAUCUUCUGCCAAUCAUAUUGCCAUUAUUUUUGAAACCAACCAAGCGAGUUUAACUGGAGCUCAGCUUCUUCUCGACCUCAGCGGAAACCGUGAUCGUCUCGUAGCGCGAAGAUGCUUGAAGAGCCACCCACUCGCUGAAGCGUUGAAGAUCACCGAUUUCCCAUCAUUAGCCAUUUUUAAGCGCGGCGAGCGUAAACCAGUUUUGAUUGCUGAACUUCGUCGGCUCUUACUCCGUGAGAUUGAUCAAUUCCUUGGAAAGCCCACCGACAACCACCUGCAAACAAUUCAUUUCAGUAGCCGAAAGAAUAAAACAAUUGAUUGCAACAAAAAUCCUGAACUAUGCAAACCUAAUUAUUUCGUGUCCGAAGUAGAUAUGCUGAAAGCCAUGAGAUAUGCAUUAUUCCGAGAGUCAGCCAGAACAGGUGCACCACUUCAAGCUGCCAAUCUUUCUGCACUUUACGAGUUUACUUCACUUUUGGCGGACACCUUCCCAACAACCACAAUUGAAGGAGCAAGUGAUAAUUCGACAGUACUCCAUCUCGACAGAUCUAGCCGUGCAGUAAGAGUAUUCUCUAGGCUACGAGAUUUUAUCGCUGAGAAGGGCCUGGAAGCACCAAUAAGCGUUGAGGACUGGCAAAAAGAGUUCCUUGCCGCAGAAGAAGAAGCUGGCCAUCCUUUCCCACUGAACACAAACUGGGAACACUGUGCCGGGUCAUCGACUCAAUACAGAGGGUACACAUGUGGUUUGUGGACCACAUUCCAUGCUCUCACAGUUUCUGCAUUCAAGAACUGGCAAAAUAAGACUAAUGAUAUUACCCUUCCACUUCCACCACUCCAAUCAAUUCGUGAUUGGGUCGGCUCAUUCUUUGGAUGCAAUCACUGUAGGGAUCAUUUCUUGAAAAUGACCACUGACACAUUUAAAAUUGAAGCUAAUGUUCGCCGCCCUGAAGAUGUUUAUCUGUACUUAUGGAAGGCUCACAACAAGGUGAACGCCAGACUACACGGCCGAGAAACUGAAGAUCCAAAGUUCCCGAAAUACCAAUUCCCGGCCAAAUUCCUGUGUGUAGACUGUAACGCAAAAGGAUUCUUGAACGAAGAUGAUACUCAACCUUUCCUCAUUGACUAUUACUCCAGAAUUCGACCAUUCACCAAUUCCACUCUUAUCAAAUCGAACUGAUUAGACGACUUCCACUUUUCCUCUCCCCAUUCCGUUCUCACAACUUUGGCUACCUUUCAUCUCCCACACCGUCCAACAUAUUCCAGGAGGUUUCUCCACAUAGACAGAUUGUUUUUUUUUUUUGAAGACUUUAAGACUAUAUUUAAUAUUGCAAUUUUUAAAAAUCAUAAUAUGCAUUUAUCAUCUUGCCAUAACUAUUUAUUCCUGAAUAAACGUAUUUCUACCU